AUAACAUUACCUCUCCUUCUAUAUAAACAUUUUCAAGCAGCAGCAUCCAACCAUCAAAGCUCAUUUCAUUCUCUUAAACACUAGCAGUUUUUCUUCUCGAUAAAGAAAGCAUUCCCUAAGAUCAUGGGCUUCCGCUUGCCAAUCAUUGCUCAGGCCAAGCAAGCAAAUCGGCGGUCUCUCUCCAUAGUGCCCAAAGGCCAUGUUGCAGUCUAUGUAGGAGAAUCAGAAAGGAAACGCUAUGUGGUCCCCGUUGCAUAUUUGAACCAUCCUCUUUUCCAAGAUUUGCUAAGCAAGGCAGAAGAAGAAUUCGGGUUUGAUCAUCCAAUGGGUGGUCUCACCAUCCCUUGUAGAGAGGAAGACUUCAUCCAUAUGACAUGCAGCUUGAAUUGCUCAUGAGAAGCUUAGGAUAUGAAAGAGACUUCUAACAUCCCUUACACAACUGCAGAGCCUUGAUUUUCUUUCAUAUGAAAUUUUCAAAUGUAAUCAUGUGACGGGAAAUCAAUACCAAUACACUUGUAUCAUUCUUUUUUGCAUGAAGUGAAAUGACAGUUGAAUCAGUCAGUUAAUUUUUAU